GCAUUUGCAAGCGAUUUGAAAAAGGAACAAGACGUGUGACAAAGUUCGCGUGUGAUCAUUUUACAAUUGAUAAUUAUAAUUAUUCAAGUUGCUGAUUUGGAAAUUCUAGUUAUUGGAUAAAUUUUUGUGAAUUGAACAAUAUGCAGAUUUUUGUGAAGACUUUGACGGGGAAGACCAUUACUUUGGAGGUGGAACCUUCAGACACAAUUGAGAAUGUUAAGGCUAAAAUCCAGGACAAGGAAGGCAUUCCCCCAGACCAGCAGAGGUUGAUCUUUGCCGGUAAACAGCUGGAAGAUGGACGCACACUGUCUGACUACAACAUUCAAAAGGAAUCCACACUUCACUUGGUGCUCCGUUUAAGAGGCGGUAUGCAGAUCUUUGUCAAGACCUUGACAGGCAAGACUAUCACAUUAGAGGUGGAGCCUUCAGACACAAUUGAGAAUGUGAAGGCUAAAAUCCAGGACAAGGAAGGCAUUCCCCCAGACCAACAGAGGUUGAUCUUUGCAGGAAAGCAGCUUGAAGAUGGACGCACAUUGUCUGACUACAACAUACAAAAGGAGUCGACUCUCCAUUUAGUAUUGCGUCUGAGAGGAGGUAUGCAAAUCUUUGUAAAGACAUUGACGGGCAAGACCAUAACUUUGGAAGUUGAACCAUCGGACACAAUUGAGAAUGUAAAAGCAAAAAUUCAGGAUAAAGAAGGCAUUCCUCCAGACCAACAAAGGUUGAUUUUUGCCGGCAAACAGCUUGAAGAUGGACGCACAUUGUCUGACUACAACAUUCAAAAAGAAUCGACCCUUCAUUUAGUAUUACGUCUACGAGGUGGAAUGCAGAUCUUUGUCAAGACCUUGACAGGCAAGACUAUCACAUUAGAGGUGGAGCCUUCAGACACAAUUGAGAAUGUUAAAGCUAAAAUCCAGGACAAGGAAGGCAUUCCCCCAGACCAGCAGAGGUUGAUCUUUGCCGGCAAACAGCUUGAAGAUGGACGCACACUGUCAGACUACAACAUUCAAAAGGAAUCCACACUUCACUUGGUGCUCCGUUUAAGAGGCGGUAUGCAGAUCUUUGUCAAGACCUUGACAGGCAAGACUAUUACAUUAGAGGUGGAGCCUUCAGACACAAUUGAGAAUGUGAAGGCUAAAAUCCAAGACAAGGAAGGCAUUCCCCCAGAUCAGCAAAGGUUGAUCUUUGCAGGAAAGCAGCUUGAAGACGGACGCACAUUGUCUGACUACAACAUACAAAAGGAGUCGACUCUCCAUUUAGUAUUGCGUCUGAGAGGAGGUAUGCAAAUCUUUGUAAAGACAUUGACGGGCAAGACCAUAACUUUGGAAGUUGAACCAUCGGACACAAUUGAGAAUGUAAAAGCAAAAAUUCAGGAUAAAGAAGGCAUUCCUCCAGACCAACAAAGGUUGAUCUUUGCCGGCAAACAACUGGAAGAUGGACGCACCCUUUCAGAUUACAAUAUCCAAAAAGAAUCUACCCUACAUUUAGUAUUACGUCUCAGAGGUGGGAUGCAGAUCUUUGUGAAGACCUUGACAGGAAAGACCAUCACUCUGGAAGUGGAACCAUCAGACACAAUUGAGAAUGUGAAGGCUAAAAUUCAGGACAAAGAAGGCAUUCCCCCAGACCAACAGCGUCUUAUCUUUGCCGGAAAACAAUUAGAAGAUGGACGCACACUCUCGGAUUACAAUAUCCAAAAAGAAUCUACCCUACAUUUAGUAUUACGUCUCAGAGGUGGGAUGCAGAUCUUUGUGAAGACCUUGACAGGAAAGACCAUCACUCUGGAAGUGGAACCAUCAGACACAAUUGAGAAUGUGAAGGCUAAAAUUCAGGACAAAGAAGGCAUUCCCCCAGACCAACAGCGUCUUAUCUUUGCCGGAAAACAAUUAGAAGAUGGACGCACACUCUCAGAUUACAAUAUCCAAAAAGAAUCAACUCUUCAUUUAGUCUUACGUCUGAGAGGGGGUAUGCAAAUCUUCGUAAAGACAUUGACCGGCAAGACCAUUACCUUGGAAGUUGAGCCGUCUGACACAAUUGAAAAUGUAAAAGCAAAAAUUCAGGACAAAGAAGGCAUUCCCCCAGACCAGCAGAGGUUGAUCUUUGCCGGCAAACAGCUUGAAGAUGGACGCACACUGUCCGACUACAACAUUCAAAAAGAAUCAACCCUUCAUUUAGUGUUACGUCUCAGAGGUGGGAUGCAGAUCUUUGUGAAGACCUUGACAGGCAAGACUAUCACAUUAGAGGUGGAGCCUUCAGACACAAUUGAGAAUGUGAAGGCUAAAAUCCAAGACAAGGAAGGCAUUCCCCCAGACCAACAAAGGUUGAUCUUUGCUGGCAAACAAUUGGAAGAUGGACGCACCCUUUCAGAUUACAAUAUCCAAAAAGAAUCUACCCUUCAUUUAGUAUUACGUCUCAGAGGUGGGAUGCAGAUCUUUGUGAAGACCUUGACAGGAAAGACCAUCACUCUGGAAGUGGAACCAUCAGACACAAUUGAGAAUGUGAAGGCUAAAAUUCAGGACAAAGAAGGCAUUCCCCCAGACCAACAGCGUCUUAUCUUUGCCGGAAAACAAUUAGAAGAUGGACGCACACUCUCAGAUUACAAUAUCCAAAAAGAAUCUACCCUACAUUUAGUAUUACGUCUCAGAGGUGGGAUGCAGAUCUUUGUGAAGACCUUGACAGGAAAGACCAUCACUCUGGAAGUGGAACCAUCAGACACAAUUGAGAAUGUGAAGGCUAAAAUUCAGGACAAAGAAGGCAUUCCCCCAGACCAACAGCGUCUUAUCUUUGCCGGAAAACAAUUAGAAGAUGGACGCACACUCUCGGAUUACAAUAUCCAAAAAGAAUCUACCCUACAUUUAGUAUUACGUCUCAGAGGUGGGAUGCAGAUCUUUGUGAAGACCUUGACAGGAAAGACCAUCACUCUGGAAGUGGAACCAUCAGACACAAUUGAGAAUGUGAAGGCUAAAAUUCAGGACAAAGAAGGCAUUCCCCCAGACCAACAGCGUCUUAUCUUUGCUGGAAAACAAUUAGAAGAUGGACGCACUCUUUCAGACUACAAUAUUCAGAAAGAGUCCACACUUCACCUGGUGCUUCGACUUCGUGGAGGUUGCUAUGACAACCGGUCUUGAUCGGGACACAAUACGGGCCGCAUACGAGGAUGUUCGGUCUGACGCCACGCCUACCGAGUGGGCGGUGUUCAAAUUUGAAGGCUCCCGCAUCGUGUGUUCGGCGCGGGGCAGCGACUUCACCGAAUUCCGCAAGCAGUUCGCCGACGACGAACGCGCCUUUGGAUAUCUCAGGUUGCAAAUGGGCGACGAGAUGUCGAAACGUCGCAAAUUCAUGUUUAUGACGUGGGUGGGGCCCAACGUGUCGGUCAUCAAUCGCGCCAAGAUGUCCACCGACAAGGCUAUCGUCAAGGACAUCAUUUCCAAUUUCGCGGUGGAACUGCAAUUAGAGAGCCAAGCCGAGAUAGACAUCGAUCAAUUUAAAGAUGCUCUAAACAGAGCAGGAGGAGCUAACUACGGAACCGGAGUUAGAGAUUUAUGAAUUGCACAAUGACACACCGUUAAGCCUUACCAUCAGUCAAUAAAUUUAUUUUAGAAUAUACAGUUUCUUAUUCACUUACAGAUCGUAGGUAAAUAAAAGUUUACCUAAGAUGUACCUUGCGGUACGGUCUACUAUUUUGUAAUAAAGGAAAAUCAAAAUAAGCGUGGAAUAUACUUUAAAAAACAGAAAUGUUGAAUAUUCC